GCGACAAGUUCCGAACCGCGGAACCGUGAAACCGUCGGAAAAAAGUUGCAGGAACCGUGAAACCGCCGGAAAAAAACAGCAUGAACCGGACCUAAGAAUCGCGGGUUCGAACCGGAACCGGUCCGGGUGAACCGGCCCACAGGUUCCACGGAACCGUGAAAAGAGCCGUUGGGAACUAGCCGUUGGAAAUUUUCUAUAAAUACCCACCACUUUCAAUCAUUUUCAUUCACAACUCAUCUCUUCUCCUACUCUCUCUACUUAAUUCUUUAAUUAUGCAAUUAUUCUCUUAAUUACAUAAUUAGUCUUUUAAUUAUUUCUUAAUUUAGUUAAUUAUAUAAUUAGUCUAUUAAUUAAUUAUUUAUUUCUUAAUUCUAUUAUUAUUUCAAUAUUAUCAAUCAUGUCUUCAUUUUUGAAAAAAGCCUCAAAAAAAGUAUCUAAAGUGGCAAAAUCAUUGGGAGGUUCCAGCUCCUCCAAAAGAAAGGCCACUUCUACUCCGUCGGUACCAACAACACCUUCCAUUAGUAAUUAUAAUUAUGAACCAAAUUAUCUAGAAGGGUACGACCCAGAAUUACAUAAUUAUGCAGAAGAAGUGGAAGGAGAAAUGCAAGAAGAAGAACAAGAAGAGGAACCAACAACCCCUAUUGGGAUACAUAUAUCUCGACAGUCAUCAACAAGAUCACAUGAAGAACAAGGAGAACAACAACAACAAAGACAAGCUCAUGGUAAACGAGUCAAUUUCCAAACUAUCGAUGAAGAUGAACCAGUAAGACAACCUUUUCCGGCAAUGCCACCUCCUAGUGGUAGAGCUGUUUCACAUGUGUGGUCGUAUUUCACAAAAGAACCAACCGACAAUCCAGAUAUUUUCUUAUGCACUUGUCAAAGUUGUGAAAGUCAAGGAGUAAAGCCCUUAGUUUCAUACAGUUUCGCCAGAGGUGGUGGUACGGGAUCUUUUAACAACAUUUGGCAAAAAAGCAUGGAAUCACAAAAGUAACUCAUGCAGCAAGCGGCAGCGGGACCACAAGUGGAAGCCGACAGACACAGUGGGACAUUCCCAGCACAGGUAUGCCUUUUAGAUAUAAUCGUAAUGAUAGGAUUGAUGAAUUUUCUAGGUAUGUAAUUUGUGAUGAAUUGCCUUUUAACCACGGUGAAAGUAGGGCACACGAGCGUUACGCUAGAAAAACAUUGCAACCACAAUAUAGAGCAAUCCGUAGGAGCACUCUUAAAAGACGCACAAUUAAAUUAUAUGAGUCAAUGCGCUAUGAAUUAGUUGAAAUGUUUAAAUCUUUUAAUGGUAGGGUUAGCAUAACAACAGACAUUUGGUCUGCUCCCCCACAUUUAGAAUCUUAUAUGUGUGUAACAGCACAUUGGAUGGAUAAAAAUUGGAUUAUUCAAAAAAGAAUAAUUGCUUUUGAGGCAAUGCCAGAAAGACAUACCGGUGAAAACAUAAAAUAUAGAUUAGUAGAGAUAUGUAGAGAAUGGAACUUAUUAGAUAAGAUAUUUUGUUGUUCAACUGAUAAUGCAACUGCGAACAUUAAAUGUAUAGAACUUUUGUAUAACGAACCUGCUUUUAGUUAUAUCCUUGGAGGUAGCUUAUUACACAUACGUUGUUGUGCGCAUAUAGUUAACUUAUCCUGCCAAGCAGGUAUAAAACAAUUAAGCGAUUUAUUAGAACCAAUUAGGGAUAAAGUGAAGUGGCUUAGGAUUGGAAAGAUAAAGAGACGAUAUAAACAAUUAUGUGACCAAUAUCAACUUAAAAAAGUGUAUUGGUCAUUAGA